UUAAAUCGCUGCUUGUGUGUAUGAGUGGGAGUCUGCGAUCGAGAGAGAGAGAGAUGGGGGUAGUGAUAUUGGACGGGUCGACGGUGCGGGCGUUCGUGGGGGACGAGGAGGUCUUCAACCGGAGCGUGGACGAGCGGUUCGCGGCGCUGGACCUCAACGGGGACGGCGUCCUCUCCCGCGCCGAGCUGCGGCGCGCCCUCGAGACCUUCCGCCUCCUGGAGACCCACUUCGGGGUCGACGUGGUCACCCCACCGGCCGAGGUCGCGGCCCUAUACAACUCCAUCUUCGAUCAGUUCGACCUGGACCGCAGCGGCACCGUCGACCGCGACGAGUUCCGCUCCGAGAUGCGCCGCAUCCUCCUCGCCAUCGCCGACGGUCUCGGCGACUUCCCCCUCCAGAUCGUGCUCGAGGACGACGACCAAGGCUCCAACCUCCUCCAGCAGGCCGUCGACCUCGAGGCCGCCAAGACCAAAGCCGCGGCGUCCGGCAAAUGACCCCACCCCGUUACCGUCCCCUCCUUUCCAUCGUCGUCUUCUUCUACUAAAUAUCUCGACCACAAUAAAAGAAAGCAGCCACGUUUAUUCGCCGUCCGGUCCCCACGUGUCGUGGGCUUUUAAUUACUGUUGUCGUGCGUGUUACUAUCGACGGUCAGAUGGUGUCGGUCAUGUCAGUCCGUUUUGUGUUUCGAAGAAAGAGGCGAAUGGAAUAAAUUGGUGGGAUAUAAAGCGAUACGCUAUUUCCAA